ACAGUUGAGACUGAAGGUGACAAAUUUGCCAUAAACAAAGAUACAAGAGUUUUAUAUACCAAAGUCAAGCUAGACUAUGAGGAGAAGAGCAGCCACACUGUGUUGCUGUCGAUAUCGGAUGGGACCAACCGGGAUGAGGCAUCAGUCCUGGUUGAAGUGCUGGACGUCAAUGACAACAGUCCAGAGUUUGAAGAUCACCCUCCUACUGUCUCCAUUUCAGAGAAUCACAUUGUUGGGGAAGAUGUAGCAUCAGUAAAAGCCACGGAUGCAGAUGCAGGAUUUAAUGCUGAAGUCGUGUACACUCUCCUGGGAGGUGCUGGGAGGUUUAAUAUUGAUCAAGAAACAGGAGUGAUAACUCUAGCAGCUUCACUGGACAGGGAAGCCCAAGACGAGUAUCAUUUAGUGAUCACUGUCCAAGAUCAGGGUCGUCCGUCACUUUCCACCACCACUGAUCUGGGCAUCACCGUGACUGACAUCAACGACAAUUCUCCCAUAUUUUCCAAACAGCAGUAUGAGACCACAAUGUUCGAGGAUGCUGAUGUAGGAGCAGACGUGGUAGUCGUCAUGGCAACAGAUAAAGAUGAUGGUGUAAAUGCUGUUGUGAGCUUUCACAUUGUCAAUCAGCAGCCAUCUUCAGACACGCCUGUAUUCAACAUUGAUUCUGAUUCUGGUUCUGUAACCCUUGCUGGAAAGUUGGAUUAUAGUAAAGCCAAACGGUAUACUCUAGAUGUAGAGGGACGAGAUGGAGGAAGCCCUUCUCUUACAGGCAGUGCAGUUGUUAUAGUGUGGGUAGAGGAUGUGAAUGAUAAACCUCCUGUGUUCAGUAAGGAUGAGUAUGCUAUGUCCGUCUAUGAAAACCUUGCGGGUGGAACUGCUUUGGUAUCCCUGGAGGUUACAGAUGAGGACAAGGAUGGGUUCUCUAAGGGUCACUUUAUUAUGGAUAGCGAUAUCUUUGUUAUCAAC